GUUUUGUUCAAUCAAUAGUUACUCUUUGUUUCCCCUAUGAACUCCGCUUCUCAACGUAUAUUUCUGUACAAAGCCUGAUGAUGAAUAAAUCGAAAACAAUUGUUCGCUUUAAGCGUACCGCUUGCGUUUCUUCUUGCAAUAUAUAAUAAAAAUGGGCAUACUACACGAUAUUAAACGUUGCAAAUGCCCCCAAACGCUCAAAGAACUCAAUCAGUAUAUUAAGUUCAGCGUCAGAUUUGCCGAAACCGAAACCUUUAUCGAAUUUCAUCGUCAGUGCGUUGAAAAGUGCACCUAUCCCAAAGCAUUCUCGAAAGCUUUACGAAGGCACCACAUACGACCUACAAGAAGCAGCCUAAAGCGUCAUGCGCUAAACAUUAUAGAAUCAGCAAAAUCGAAGCUAUCUGAGACUGAACGGCAUAUAGCACAGAGGAAAGCCGCCCUAGACGACCUCAACCAUGAUGAACGAGUCCGAUUUAUCGAGUAUGUGCGCAACGUGACCUCCAAGCGUACAUCCAAGAGGAGAGUACUCCUGCAGAAAACGCUGACCGUGAAAGAAUGUCCGAACACAUUUCCAUCAAAUCCGGAAAGAUAUGUACACAACCUGUCCAGUAUACGACUAGACACCUUACAAAUGCAGGCGCUUUCAUUGGGACUUAAAUUUUGUCAUCCACGAAAUAAUGACCACCGACUGGAAAUCGAAACUCAAUUUGAAUACCUUAAUAGCCAGACAAGUGAUUUAGCAGCCACUUCCAACACCAAUCUCGAACAAUUUAAAUCGGACUUGGUCAACAUUUCCUUUCAGUAUCAACGAUACCCCAUGACACAUUCCCGGUUACUAACAAAGGCACACAUCGAAGCUAUAAGAGAACUUCAAAAAAACGAGAGCAUCAUUAUCACCAAGCCAGAUAAAGGAUCAGGAGCCGUAAUCAUGGACCGCACAGAAUACGUACAAAAGAUGAAGCUUAUUCUCUCGGACUCCUCCAAAUUCGUACGAUGUGAACGAGAGAAGGACAAAACAGAUUACACCGAAACACAACUGACAAAGUGUUUGAAAUCACUGGUCACUGAUGGUCACAUAACCAAAGAAAGAUAUGAAAGGAUAAGACCCACCGGCUCCAUAAUUCCUAGGCUUUACGGUCUCCCAAAAAUACACAAGCCAGGUGCACCAUUGCGACCGAUAUUAGAUAUGAGGAACUCACCAUAUCACACCAUCGCAAAGUGGUUAACGUCUAUUUUGGAUCCUAUUAAGAAAAGAAUAGCCCCUCACCAACUAACAGACACCUUUCAAUUUAUGGAAAACGUUAAAAAUAUGAACAUCUUAGGCUACCGAAUGUUUUCUUUGGACGUCGUAUCCCUGUUCACGAAUGUCCCACUUAUAGAAACAGUUAACUUUCUUUGUACUUACAUUGAGAAGCACAAGAUAAAGAUCGAAAUACCAACUGUCCAGCUGAAGCAGCUAUUACUUAGAUGCACUUAUAACAUCUAAUUCCAAUUCAACAAUGAAUUGUACAGACAAGUAGAUGGGGUAGCGAUGGGAUCACCUCUUGGACCACUAUUGGCUGAUGUUUAUAUGGGAAU